AUGCAGCGCAAUUUUGGGGCCAUUGACAUGGACCGUUUGCGAAAAGAUGCAUCGGAGUGUGACUGGUCAUCUAUUGCAAAUAUAGGUUGUGUAAACAUACAGAUACAAGAAUUUAAUCAACUCGUUCUUGACCUUUAUGAUCGGCAUGCCCCAAUCCGUUCCGUCAGAGUCCGACAUCUGCCUGCGCCCUGGCUCACUGAGGAUAUUAGAGCUAUCAUAAACAAGAAAAAUAAUGCUAAAACUAAAUUUAAAAAAGACCCAGACAGAUAUCGUGACAACUACGUGCGCAUCAGAAAUCUCUGCAAUAAGAUGUGUAGGGAGGCCCAACGUCGCCACAUCCAUAAAUCUGUUGAGAAUGGAGAUCCAGCAAAAGUCUGGAAAUUUCUUAAAUCUUUAGGAGUUGGAAAAAAACACAAUGAGAGUUCCACUAGUAUUGAUAUUGAGAAUCUUAAUAGACAUUUUUGUUCCUCUUCUAUUGUUGUUCCUAAUGACAAAUUAAAAACACUGUAUUAUCUUUCUUCGCUUCCAACUCCUGAUUACACUCCUUUUGUUUUCGGACAAUUGUCCGAUUGUGAUGUUGAGAGAAGCUUACUGUCAAUAUCUUCUAAUGCUCUGGGUACUGACAACAUCAGUCGUGCUAUGAUCAUGCCUAUCCUUGAUAUCCUGCUGCCAACUAUUACUUUUCUCUUUAAUAAUUCAUUAUCCUCAGGUCACAGCACGACUACUGCUCUUGUAAAGAUCUCUGAUGAUAUCCGUUUCGGAAUGGAUAGCUCAGAGCUGACAGUUUUAACAUUAUUAGAUUUCAGUAAUGCUUUUAAUACCGUCGAUUUCGACAUUUUGUUGCAACUGAUGACUUCUCUCAACAUAUCUCCAACGGCAAUUGAAUGGUUUCGUAGUUACCUGGUUGGACGUCGGCAGCGUAUUCGUAUCAACGACUCUUUGUCAUCUUGGUGCAGUACAUCUGCGGGCGUGCCCCAGGGUGGCGUCUUAUCUCCUCUUUUAUUUGCCUUAUUUAUCAACAAUAUCACGUCUCAGCUUCGGUCUUCCUACCAUCUUUAUGCAGACGACCUUCAAAUUUACUGCCGGGCUCCUCUUAUUAAUAUUUCUGUUGCAGUAAAUACAAUAAACGAAGACCUUGAACGUAUAUCUGUCUGGAGCAAAUCCUAUGGUCUUGCUGUAAAUCCGACCAAGACCCAGGUUAUAAUCAUAGGUAGCCCUAGUUACAUUUCCAGAAUGGCUUUGAAUGACCUUCCUUCUGUAGUUUUUAAUGGAAUGAAGUUAAACUACAGCGACCGCGUUAAAAAUCUCGGCAUUUGUUUUGAUAGUACUUUAUCCUGGUCACCUCAGAUUGCUGAGAUUAGCAGGAAGAUGUUUGCGGCAACUGGAUCCCUUUACAGGUUGCCUAAAAGUGAACCUAGGACGAUCGACAACCCGUACACUUGUGGGCAGCUCCAGGCAGACUACAACAAGAAUAUUCCUUAUCAAGAAUUAAAAUCUUUCAUUGAGGAAAGACGUAAUGCCUUGGAGCGUUCAUCGGUUGCUAAUUCAAACAUUGAUAUUCCAAGUUCUAGUUAA